AUGUCCACCCAAAAGCCCGUGGGCCUCCCAACGCCCAAGAGAAAGAUCGAGCUCUUCUCCGCCGAAUACUUCGCCGCCUGCACAAUCGGCGGCAUCAUCGCCUGCGGCCCCACGCACACGGCCGUGACCCCCCUCGACCUGGUCAAAUGCCGCCGGCAAGUCGACCCCAAAAUCUACAGCUCCAACUUCCAAGCCUGGAGCAAGAUCUUCCGCGCCGAAGGCGUCCGCGGCGUCUUCUUCGGCUGGGCGCCCACGCUCGUCGGCUACAGCUUCCAGGGCGCCGGCAAGUACGGCGCCUACGAGGUGUUCAAGUACUACUACGGCGAGAAGCUGUUCCCCAACUCGCCCAAGCCGCUCGUGUACCUGGGCGCCAGCGCGUCGGCGGAGUUCAUUGCGGAUAUCUUCCUGUGUCCGUUUGAGGCGAUCAAGGUGCGCAUGCAGACGACGCUUCCGCCGUACGCGAGCAGUUUGAGGGAGGGCUGGUCGAAGAUUGUCGCGCAGGAGGGCUUCGGUGGGCUGUACAAGGGUCUCUAUCCGCUCUGGGCGCGACAGAUCCCGUACACCAUGGUCAAGUUCUCGACGUUUGAGGCGACGGUCGAGCAGAUCUACAAGUACCUCGGCAAGCCCAAGGAUCAGUUCAACACGCUUCAGCAGACUGGCGUUUCGUUCCUGGGAGGCUACAUCGCUGGUGUCGGCUGCGCCGUCGUCUCCCACCCCGCCGACGUCAUGGUCUCCAAACUCAACGCCGACCGCAAAGCAGGAGAAGGAGCCGGUGCCGCGUUGGCCAGGAUAUACAAGAACAUUGGCUUCUCUGGUCUGUGGAACGGUCUCCCAGUCAGAAUUGCCAUGAUUGGAACACUCACGGCAUUCCAAUGGCUCAUUUACGACUCGUUCAAGGUCUAUCUGGGCCUGCCGACGACUGGUGGCCAUUAG